GCCGACAUCAUGGUGUCAGAGAGAGACCUUCUUGUGGCUGCUGCUGUUUUCCUUUUCACCCUCAUUUCACACAGUGAGGGUAUCAUCGGUGGCAGAGAGGCCGCGCCCCACUCUCGGCCCUACAUGGCCUCCAUCCAGGUACCAGAAGGAGAGAACAUGAAACACGAGUGUGGAGGGUUUGUGAUCGCAGAUCAGUGGGUGAUGACUGCAGUGCACUGUCUGCCAACAGGGCCGAAUGGAAGGAAAGUGGUGCUGGGUGUCCAUUCUCUGAGUGAACCUGAAGAGACAAAGCAGACUUUUGACAUUUUGGAACUUUACAAUCACCCUGACUUCAGAGUGUCCAAUUAUGACAAUGACAUCGCUUUAAUUAAGUUGGAUCGUCCAUUCAACGCCUCUGAAGCCGUGAAAGCUGUGGAGUUCCUGCGAGCCGGCGGCACAAACCCCGGCACGGAUGCAGAGGUGGAGACGGCUGGGUGGGGGUCCCUCGAUGACCUGGGGUCCAGACCAGACAGGCUCAAAGAGGUGGUCGUUGAGGUGUUCAGCUCGGCUCGGUGCGGACGCAGCGACUACUUUGGCAGAAAGUUCACCAAUAACAUGAUAUGUGCACAUAAAGUAUGCCCACAACCCUGUGAUCAACCGCACAAGAAGGAAGACAGCUGUGAUGGUGACUCUGGAGGUCCUCUGCUCUACAAUGGCAUCGCGGUGGGCAUCACUUCUAACGGAGGAAAGAAGUGUGGCCAAAUUAAAAAGCCUGGAAUUUACACUAUCAUCUCCCACUACACCGAGUGGAUCGACAGCACCAUGGCCCUGCAGCCCGAUGCAACACCAGACCAGAGCGCCUAAAUGGUGUCAGCCAUGUUUCCACCGCAACCAGCAUCACAAAAAGCAUGGCUCUAUAGAGAUAGAUCCCCAGAGUGGGUAACAUAUACAACCACCUGUACAGAUUAGCCGUCCCUUUAUAAAGGAAUCAAUAAAAUACUUUUAUCACA